GCUCAAGAUAGAGUCCCAAGCCUCUAGCCGCUGUGCCGCGCUUGGAGAAAAAGAUGAGCCGCCGUGCAGGAUCCGUGGUGGUGUUGGGAGCCCUUGCCUGCCUGGUUUGGGGCCCCAGCUUCACGGGCAGCGUGCCCAGGAGGCAGGAGAGUGCCCUGGCUCGCAUGGCGAGCUCCAAGUGGGUGAACCCUGAGGACCCUGAGAUGUCCCACCCUAGUGGCCUCUACGUGCUGCCCCUGAAGCCCGCGAAGCCGCAGGAGAACUACAUCUACACCUGGAAGAAGGGUGAGGAUGGCUCGAUCGAGGACUACGUCAAGACCCCCUUCAAGGGCCCUGAGCGCGCCGCUGACUACUACACCCAGCGCAAGGACAACGGAGCUUGGGACCACUGGGGCCCGCAGGGUGAAGGCGAGGCAUGAACUACUAGUAUUGAUUUUGCGCCCAAGCUGUGACGCGGGAAGUUUGGUACUGAAUGUAUCUGCACUGUUGCGAUGAUUCCCUCAGAUGGACCACCGCCCAAGGUUCACCGUCACAACUUUUUCAAAGCCGACGUGCCAAGAGAGAGCGUGUCACAG